AUGGUUUACCAUAUCGCAUCUACAACAGCACCUGUUAACAUUGCCACUUUGAAAUACUGGGGGAAAAGGGAUAAGGCAUUGAACUUGCCAACCAAUUCUUCAAUUUCAGUUACUUUGUCUCAGGAAGAUUUGAGAACACUUACAUCUGCUGCCACAGGCCCAGAAUUGAAACAAGACAAGCUUUGGUUAAACGGCAAGGAAGAGUCACUCGAAUCUGAGAGAACACAACAAUGUUUGAAGGGAUUGAGAAAAUUGAGAAAGGAAUUGGAAGAUAAGGAUUCUAAUCUACCAAAAUUUUCAAAUUGGGGUCUUCACAUUGUAUCUGAGAAUAAUUUCCCCACUGCCGCUGGUCUAGCGUCGUCUGCCGCUGGGUUUGCUGCCUUAGUGGUGGCAAUUGCUAGACUGUACCAAUUGCCUCAAUCUAUGUCUGAAUUAUCUGAGAUUGCUAGACAAGGUUCUGGUUCUGCAUGUAGAUCUUUAUUUGGUGGCUACGUUGCAUGGGAAAUGGGUGAGAAGGAAGAUGGAUCCGAUUCUAAAGCGGUGGAAAUUAGCCCAUUGGAACAUUGGCCACAGAUGAAAGCUGCCAUUUUGGUGGUAAAUGCUUCAAAGAAAGAUACGCCAUCCACCAGUGGUAUGCAAUUGACCGUUAAGACUUCUGAAUUGUUUCAAGAAAGAGUGAAAAAUGUGGUUCCUCAAAGAUUUACACAUAUGAAAGAAGCUAUUGAGCACAAGAAUUGGCCCAAGUUUGCUGAAUUGACCAUGAAAGAUUCCAACUCCUUUCAUGCAACCUGUUUGGACUCAUAUCCACCAAUUUUUUACAUGAACGAUACUUCUAAGAAAAUUAUCAAACUUUGCCAUGCCAUUAAUGAAUUCUAUGGUAAAACUGUCGUGGCAUACACUUUUGAUGCAGGUCCAAACGCUGUUUUGUACUAUUUGCAAGAGAACGAAGCUAAAUUGUUUGCCUUCAUUUACAAAUUGUUUGAUAAAGUGCCAGGUUGGGAAACUAAAUUUUCUAAUCAAGAUUUACAAGAGUUUUUAAGCGUUUACGAGAAGGAUGUGAGCGGUAAAUUGCCAUUUGAACUCGAUGAUGAAGUACAAAACGGUGUUUCCAGAGUCAUUUUGACUCAAGUGGGUCCUGGUCCUCUUUCAACGAAGGAAUCAUUGAUCGACGAAAAUACAGGUUUGCCAAAAUGA